AGGACAGAAACUGUCAGGCUUUGAAGAAACUGCCAAAUAUGAUGGAUGCGUACCUUAACCUGACAUUGCUAUUAGUCUCAGUAUUCUUAAUGGCUACUGGGAUUGAUUGUAGUGAUCCUUGUGGAAAAGCUAGGGAAAUUCAUAAUCCUUUUCGAAGUGCUAGUUACAAGUUAAAAAAGGGAGAAAAAGCGCUCUGUGACAGAAAACUAUCCGAAGGAUGGUAUAAAUUUAAGGACGGUUUGCAGAUACCCAUAUCGAAACCAGCUCCCCUGCACUGUGGAACUUUUGCACCAAUCUGGAUGAGAGGAAGUUUGCCCACAACUAUAGGAAACACUGUUAAGGCAGAAGCUUGCGUUAAUUUGUUUAAUAUAAGGAAAGGUUGUUCAACUACUUUGCCUUUAUCUGUCCGAUUGUGCGAAGGGAACGUCUAUGUGUAUCACCUCACUCCCCCAAGAGGAUGUGCUAUGGCAUAUUGUGCAGGUGACAGGAAACCAUGUCCCAGAGGAAAAGAAGGCACGCCCCCAAAUUGCAAAAUUUCAAAUAUAAACGUUUUUCCGGAGAGUCUUGUCCCAUUACCAACCAUCACUUAUGGAGGAAGUUCAGUUUUACAAAUGGUUUGCAGUUUUAAGUUUCCUGCUUGGAACAACGUCUCAUAUCUCGUUGAGUGGUACGCAAAUUCGUUUACUUCACCUGUCUUGUUAGAUUCGUGGUGCGAAAGAGAUGAUGACAACUGUACUCAGAGACAAAGCUCGAUAAAAGUCGGUAAAGACGGGCAUUUCGCAGUAGGAGAUACGGUUAGCUGCAGACUGAAAAUGAAGUAUUCGACAAGUUCAAUGAAUGAAUGGACAGAAUUUGGUAAAGACAGCAAACAAUACUAUGUUGGAAUAGAGGUUUCACCACGACAUAUCUUCGUUAAAGAAUGCAAAGGAGAUAGAAACGCGACAGUAACAUUAAGACCAACUGUUCCUUUUUUGCCUGCACGAUUUGGAUUGGACAGUGUUACCGUGUCGAUUCUCAUACCAGAGAAGUACAAAGCACAAAAACAGCAAGCUGCAGUCGAUAAAUGCUCCGUUGAUUUAACGACUCAAGACAUGACCAAGGGACAAUCAAUCGCAAUUAGUGGGAUUUGUGAUAACCUAAACGAAGAUCGACAAAGCUAUCUCUUUCAUUUUCGACCAGCUACAAGUAAUCCUUUUUGGAAUAGUGUGGCGUAUAGAAUGCCAUCAUUAAAGGUAUCAGUGGAUAACAUCAACACCAAUUCAUGUCGCUCAACUUCAGAUCCUUAUUUGCAUACUUUUGCAGGAAGGCGUUUUAGUUACAAUGAAGCAGGCGAUUUCCUAAUGUACAAAAACAGUGCCCUAAAAGUCGAGGUUCACGUACGCAGUUGGACAUGUCACAAAUCCGGAGCAACCUGUGUAUGCGGCGUAGCAAUAAGAGAAGGAAAAGACGUUAUAGAAUUAUCUAUCUGCAAUCAGGUGCUAAAUAACGAAAACAAGGAACCCACAAAAUUAUUUGUAAGAAAAAAAAGCCCUGGAAGACUGGCCAACGGAAUACAAGUAAACGAAAAUUUGAAAGGUCAAUCUUUGGAGCACGAGGUCAUACUGUCUUCUGGCACUAGGGUAAAAGUUUACCGUUAUGUAAUAACCUUAGAUGUUUACGUGUUCGCACCAAACACAGAUGGAGUAAGUACUGACGGGCUUUGUGGUAAAAUCAAUGGUAUUCGUAGUGACAUUUUUAAAUAUGGACGAAAUGGCCAAUCCUAUACAAAUCAAGAAGACUUUUCCCAUAGCUGGCUUCUUAAACCAGAAGAGAGCUAUCUUGAGAAAAAUCUACCCAUAGAUGAAAAAGAGCCCGAACAAGAACGUUUCUGCUUUUGCAGCAUAACAGACGACAAAUUUACAAGCAAUACUUGUAAAACAAGCGCAAAUCAUUUCAAUGACAUCGAGGAAGGAGGCCGCGAGGUGCAACUAAAUAUCGAUCCUACAAUGUUCGAAUUAAAACGAAGAUCGGUGGAUAGUCACUGGUACAGCGAUGACAUCAUUAAUCAAGAGUAUCGCAGUUUUUUUGUCGCUGAUCAUGAUGUACAAAAAGCUUUGAACCGAAUACGAAGUAAGAGAUCAACUUCCUAUACAAGGUGGCCUGAACGAAGAGCGAAACGAUAUUGCACAAAACUAAUCGAGGGCUCAGAAGCAGCAAAAACAUGCAGGAAAUUGGACUCGGAAAGCGUGGAAAGUGCUAUUGGACAAUGUAUCAAUGAUCUAGUGUUGUCUGGGAAUGAAGAUUUUGCAAUCUUAGCAUUUGAUACCAUGAAAGUAGUUUGUGAAGAGACUGCUUUGACAAAUCUUUCACUCUAUACUCAAAAUUCUGAUGGUGAGUUAAUAUUUUCAAAAGAAAUAGUGCAAGACUUGUGUCCUACAAACUGUAGUGGACGUGGCGAGUGUAAGAACAGAACCUGUAUAUGUGAUGAAGGCUAUACUGCUCGGGACUGUUCCAUAGAUGUUAAUGCAGUGCCUGAAUUACUAGGUAUCUACAACGGUGGACUCUGUGAUAUACGUGAACGUCCAUGUAAAAAGACCGAUCUGUUGGGACAGAAGUUUAUCGACUCAAACAACCUCACGUGUCAUGUGAAAGAAUUCAAGGUUUAUUCAGGUUCUUGGUCUCCACGUGGAAUUCCUAUCACAACACAUGGAAAGAUGAUGGACAUAUUUGGUGUUAAAUGCAACCUGCCUGAUCCACCUACGAGACUUGGUGAUUAUGAUCACGAGGGGACCCCUGCUGGGGGACUUAUGAUCUCAGUUUCUAACGAUGGCUUCAAUGCAAGUGCUCAACAAUUACGACAUGUCACUUAUGAUUCUAAGUGUAUGAACUGCACCAACUCAAGCAUAUGUGAACGUAAGCCGAAUUCCUGUCUUAUCAGAGGACAUUGUUUUGCUGCCAACGAGCCCAACCCACGUGACUGGUGCCAGCAGUGCUUACCCAAAGAUGACCAGAAUUCCUGGACGCGUAGGAAAAAUAACCAAGCACCAAAUUUUGCCACCAAGACAGCUGUGUUAGCCGUUCAAGGAGAAGAUCUCGUGAUACAGCUGAAAGCAACAGAUCCUGAUAACCGUCCUGUGACAUUCUCUCUACUCAGUUCUACAGCUACUGGCCACACAUUGAGUACAGCUGGUCUACUGAGAUGGAAGGUCACAUCGAAUGAGAAGUUCACCUUCAAAGUGACUGACGAGUGUGGAGCGUUUGAUACAACAGACAUGUUAGUGCGUAUAGUACAAUGUCCAUGUCUGAAUGAUGGUCAAUGUGUCCCCCACCCCUACCAUCCACGGGGAUCUGGUCUGUAUCAGUGUAAAUGCGUGAAUGGAUUCAGUGGAGACAGAUGCCAAAGAUGCCCUGGACUAGUCUGUCCUCCUAGAAAUCUCAGUGUAAUGAAAUUAAGCUCAACAGAAGUUGAAGUAAAAUGGCUCGAACCACAAGACAAAUCUGUGGAAUAUUACCUCUUGGGGUAUGGUCCACUGGAGCAAAACCCCAGUAUUCGAAGCUUAUCAAAAAACAUAACCAGUUGGAUUCUGACUAAUUUGAGGAAAUUUACAGAUUAUCGAAUCGCAGUGUCUGUUGUGAAUGAAAAUCGCACAAUGACGGUUGAAAUCAUUGUAAAAACAGAUGAAGAUGUUCCUGAUGCUUCUCCAAACAUUACUAAUAUCACUCCUGUAAGUUGUGACACCAUAAAUAUUACAUGGUCACCUAUAUCCAAAACUUUGCGUAACGGUAUUAUUAGAGGUUACAGAAUCUACUAUAAAGCAGGUUUAGCAAAUGGAAGUUGGGCAAAGUGGCAGUCGCUUACUGUAAGAACUGGAAACGUUUCAAGUGUGAAUGUUACGAAGGCCGUGGUUUCCAGACUGAAGCCAACAACGAUGUAUUGCUUCAAGAUGACAGCUUUUACAAGUAAAGGGGAGUUCCCUCUAUUGAAAGUGUCAAAUUGUUGGUUAGCAAAAAUAAACCGAGCACCACAAUUCAGUCUAAAACCAAUGAUCUACAACGCUUUACAAGGAGAAGAUCUCGUGAUACAACUGAAAGCAACAGACCCUGAUAACCGUCCUAUAACUUACUCUCUACUCAGUUCUACAGCUA